GGCAGCCGGGCAGGCUGACUGCCACACCGAAAGCCGGCCCGGCCGGCGCUCGCCCGCCCCCAAUCCUCCCGAUUCCGAGCCGCCCACUCGCCCAGGAACCCUAGGCCGCCCCGGCCACCGGCAGCUGAGUCCUUGCCGCAGACGGGGGCCGGGCGGACGGCGGCGGCCAAGCUCCAGCCGCGCCCCUGACCGCGGCUCGGGCGGGCGGCUGGCGGCACAGCGCACCGCGGGCCCGCGGCUCGGGCGUCGGCGCCACCUGCACCGCUGCACGGCGCUCAGCGCGGCGGUGCCCCGCGCCUGGUCGCUAGGGCCGCGCACGGUGCACGGCCCAGGGCGGCGGGCGGGCGGCCCACUGCAGGUGUGCAGCAGGCAGGUCGGGGGCACAAGUUAGGCCAUCCUUAGCGAGUAAGGUGAACCCAGCCGUGGUGCAGGCACAAUCAGUUGCCAAGGAGUUUCUGUUGGCCCCUGGACCGCAGCAGCAAUGAAGAUACUCAAAGCAAAUGCAGGGUCACUUACAAACUUUGAAGUUCUUGACUUCUUACGAUCAAGAGGAGCCAAAGUUGACCCUAUGGGAUGCUUGGGGGUUGUUGCUGCAUCAGAGUGUAAGGUGUAUGAGUAUCUCUUAAAAACCCCUGCUUGCAACCAAACAAGGGAAUCAAUCUAUGAAUUUGUGAAGAGAAGUGAGGAUUUCAGGCUUGCAGAUGCUGAUAAGCUAAAUGUCAUGAAUUGGAGACCAUCCUCAGCUGCAGAUGCAUAUGCGAUGAUAGAGGAAUGCGGGAGGCGAUUUAACAGGAACGAGCGAGGAGAAACAUGUGAUGAAGAUGAACGGGUCCAGGAAUUUUUGGAUAUGGUGAAGGAGGUUUUGCCACCACCCCCUCCAAAGGCCGAGGCCGAGGCCGAGGCCGAGGCCGAGGCUGAUGCGGAUGCGGAUGCGGAGGCUGGGGCGGAGGCUGAAGCUGAGGCAAUGCAGGAGUGAUUGUGGCGUAGAUUACUGUGUUGGAGAGUCCAAUUGCAUGAAAUCCUGGUGCUAAAUUCUGCAUGGAGCUCAUAUGCAUAUACAUGUUCUUUACAAAUAUUAUAGGCUGCUACUGUAUUCGGACUUACCUUUGACUUGUCACUCUUCUCAAUCGUACUAUCAUCUGACUAACUUCUAAUGAAGCCUUGUUCGGUGAAACAUGAUUCAGAACA